GAGGCUGUCGCCGACGACCCCGCCUUCGAGGCCCGCCUCCAGGGUCCCCUGGCAGGAGACGACCCCCGCGUCCUGUCGUACCUGAUGGAGCACCACCUCCUCCCGCCCUCGACGCUGCCCUACAACCUGUCCGCGGAGGCCGAGUACAGGUCGCAGAAGCACCUCCUGAGCUGGCCGUGGAUCCGCGAGCGCCUGGGCCUCCUCUUCGCCGACGAGCCCCCGGGGUUCUUCGUGGAGGCGGGGGCGCUCGACGGCGAGUUCCUCUCCAACUCCCUGUGGCUCGAGAAGGACCUCGGCUGGUCGGGCCUGCUGGUGGAGGCGGAGGAGGCGAACUACGCCGCGCUCGCCCUCAAGAGGAGGAAGGCGUGGGCGUCCAACACCUGCCUCUCCACGGAGCCCUUCCCCAAGCAGACGGUCUUCGUCGGCAAGCGCUCGCACUCCAGCAAGUCCCCGCUGUGGUGGAUGGUCAAGGGCGUCAGUCACGAGAUGGGCGUGCGACUCGCGGUGUCUUCAAGGACCGUCGAAACGUCACAGUCGUCUUACAAGGUGGUCCAGUGCUUCCCUCUGGCGUCUUACCUCCUGGCUCUCGGUGUGACCUCGCCUGACCUCCUCUCCCUCGAUGUCCAAGGGGCGGAGAUCGGGGUCAUCACCUCGCUGGACAAGUUUAAUGUGUCCUUCAGAGUGGUCGUAGCGGAAUACGAGAAAGUCGAAUUCAACUACGACUUCGUGAAGCUGAUGAACGACCGCGGGUACGUCCUCAUCGACGCCGCAGACGACUACAUCUUCGUCAGGAGGAACGACCCCCUCCUGCGGAAACUGCGACGGCCGCCGCUGCAGGCGAGGGUCGACGCGGGAGAGAAAAUCAUCUUGCAGCAUUUUUCCUUUUAGCUUUUGUCUCCAUUUUUCUUUGAAAAGAAAGAGAAAGAGAGAG